CCAAACGGAAGAGUACACGUCACUCAUUGAUAAAAUCAAUUUACUGCGGGCAAUGUUUAGCUCAAGACAAAAUGAAGAGAACACGUUUUCUGAAUUUAUCAAUUUCCAACAAUACUUGGCAAAUACCCUCCCAUUCACUUUACUGUCUUUCAUUAAAAAAAUCGAAAAGUUUUUUGAAAGUGGGACGUACACGUUGAACACCCCUGCAAAUGAAACAAAAAUUUUGGAGGCGUCUUUUGAGAAACAGAAAAAGCCGAUUCCGCCAUUCAUUUUAUAUAAUAAUAGAACGUUGGAAGAAAUAUUGUACUCGGAGAAUCGGAAAACUACACAACUGCCAAAAGCAAUUGAAAAGAUCUUUGAGGAAUUGUUGAAGCGCGGAUGUCAAACACAAAACAUCUUUCGAACGUGUGAAAGUACUUCUAUCAGAGAAAUAGAGGAAGUGUGUAUGACGAUGAGUGUCAUUACUUUCGACACCAUCCCCGCUGAUGUCCUUGCCAGUUCAUUUAAAGUCUUUGUGAGGAAUUUGCGCGAACACAUUUUUGGCAUUGACGAGACCCAUUUAAUAUUAGGCGACUGGAAGAAUAUCAAAUGCGAAAAGUUGAAAGACCAAGACGUGGCGUUUUUUAUUCGAAAUGAACUGUUUCGGCUUGAGCCACAGAAUUUGGUCUUUUUCAAGAAAUCGUUGAAAGUUGCUUAUCAAAUUAUUUUACAUGAAAAUGUGAAUAACAUGAAUGCAAAGAAUUUGUCGGUCUGCUUGUCAACAAAUUUCUUCACGUUCGAGGCUAGAGAAGAUGAGAACGAAAAUAUGGAGGAAAUGUCGUGGUGCAUCGACUUCUUUGAGAGUUGUAUUACGCUGUUUCCCCUCAUCUUCCCGGACGAAUAUGGAAUGGACUAUAACACUGAUUUCCUCCAGUUGUCACCACGUCAGAAGACCCAACCCAAAAAACCAAAUGAUUCACGGUGCACCCCUAUUAAAUUGACACCAGAAGAAAGUCCAAACGAAAAAAAGACAGCGAAAACUACAGAGGAAAUUAAAGAAAGAGGGAAACUUUUGUUACCUACAAAAACACCAGAGAAAGUCACAAUUAAAAUGCUUUCAUGUAAAACGGGAUCUUUUGGAAGUUCUACAUUGGAACGAAUGAACACGACGAAGGACAAUAAAAAUGGGUCAACGCCAAGUUCACCAAGAGGGGAAAUGAUAGGUGAACUUAUUGCUAAAUUGAAAACUCAACAAAUUAUUGGUGGACAACUGAAGAAUUUUGAUCGAAUUGAUAAAGCAAAAAAACAGGAGAAAGGUAGUGGAAAAGUGACUGAGAGAGGAAAGGAAAAGUGCAUCAAAUAG